GGAUGAGGAUGAAGACGCUGAUGAAGAAGCAGGCUUCGACUUUCUCGAGGUAAACACCGCUGUAUUCCAUCGCCACAGCCUUGCAUUGAUUUCAACCGUCACAGGCUUUUGAUACUGAUGCCGUUUCUCCUACAUCCAGUCAAUCUACAACCUGGUGGACUGGUGCCGACUCCCUGCAGACGUCGCCAAGUACAUCUCCUUCCUCUAAACCCGUCGUUGUUGAUUACCCGACUCCGGAAGACCGCCUUCCGCGCACCAUGUCCGUUUCACCUCCGCGUCCAGUGCCUGUCGAACUCUGGAAACCGCCAGCGCCAGAGUCCAUUGCUCACUCUAGUCGUAAUCCAUUUGCGUCGCCCAUUUCCUCAGAUGACGACGUGUCGCAGAUCUCAGAGUGGCUCAAGUCUGAAGAAGAACCAUCUAAGGUUCAACCGCAGCGAGGAGAUUCGGAUUUUGUCUCCUCUGAAUGGCUUGACACCCUGAGGAUCGACUCGAGGGAAGCGACGAAGCCUCAACCCCUGCCGAAACAUGACCAAGCACGCCAGGUCCGCCAGAUACCACAACCAGAACCGUCUCGUGCGUCCCCUCCCACCGCUCAUCUUUCGGUCUCGCCUCCCAUUUCGAGCUCUGCAUCAACCUCGUCCGUGGCAACUGCCACGACGGUUUCCUCCUCACGUCCUAAACAAGCUAUCCGUUAUAUCGGUCCAGUCAUCGUCGAUCCUCAUGACUAUGGCCUACUCCACCCCCAAGAGAAACAUUCCACCCCGGAACGUUCCCUCAAACAGAUGGAAUUUGAGUUUGAAGCAUUCAAAAAGGACGUACGAUUCAAGAUGAUACAGGAGUUCCACAUGGAUGCCAUCAAGUACGAAUGUACUCUUGUGCAGGAUCUUUCGCAGGGUGAGGACGCUGUAACACGGAUAGAGCAACACGAGGUCCGAAUGUUGCAGUUGCAACGCGAUAAGGAGGACAAGCGCAAGAAACUGGUCGACGAGGAGAGACAGAGACGACGGCGAGAGAUCAAUGAGAAGGAUGAGGAAGCUCCGCAGGCAAAAGCCAUGGAAGCAUUCAAGCGAGAGCAAGAGAAGGCUAGGAGGAAGGAGCAGGCUAAGAGAGAGGAGGAAAGGAGGAAGGAGGAAGACCUGAAAAGGAGGGAGGAGGAAAUGCAACGCAGAGAACUUGAAAUCCGGAGGAAGGAAGAGGAGAUGAAAGAGCGUCAACGAUUGGAGCGCGAGCAAUUGGAGGUCUUGAAGCGAGAACACGCUUCGAAGAAGAAGGCGGAGGAGCACGCGAAACGUGAAAAAGUUCGAUCGCGAGCGUGAACGUGAACUGAGGGCUGCUCAGGAGCUCAGCGAUAGAGAGGUGGCAUUUAGGUUGCAGGAGAAGCUGGCGAGGGAAGCGGAACGGGAGAGAGAGCCAGAAAAAUUGUCGAAGGAGAUGCUAGGCGUUCAUACGAGAACAGGAAAGAGUACGAGAGAAGAGAGGAGGGGAAGCCAAGUUGUCAAAGGAGAUGGAAAUAUUCUUGCGAGAACAGGAGAAGCAGGAGCGCGAACGUCAGGAACGCGAAGCGAGGGUCCGACGGAAGGAGGAUGAAAAGGUGAAGGACAAUGGGGAUGGUAAGCGAGCC